AUGUUUUCCAAAUCCACCACAGGCCUCCCGUUGGAUUCGGCCAAUAUAAUGUCAACGGUACUACAAGGUAUUUUAUACGGCUUUUCAGUUCUCAUGUUCAUAGGUACAAUCUGGACAUUCACUUACAAACAACGCAUCCGAGACAUCAAUAAGCCAAGCACUGUAGUUGCCACCUUGCUGUUCGUACUCAGUACUGCGCACAUGAUCGUAGGUAUCAUUCGUCUCGAAGACGGACUGGUGAAGUAUGGCAAUACCUUCCAUGGCGGGCCAGCAGGGUUCUUCGCAGACGUGACCCAACCAACAUUUGCGGCUAAGAAUACGAUAAUCACUUUACAAACUUUGCUCGGCGACGGAGUGGUGAUCUAUAGAUGUUAUGUCGUCUGGCAAUCUGUCUGGAUCAUUAUCCUACCGUGCAUGAUGUGGUGUGGCAUCGCAGCGUUUGGGAUUUGUAUGGUCUAUGUGCAAGCACCGACUACCAAUGCCAAAAAUGUCUUCGGCAAUGAGACUGGGCAUUGGGUCACAGCGUUCCUUUCCUUGACGCUUGCAACUAACUUGCUCAGUUCAGGAUUGUUGGCAUACCGCAUCUGGACGAUCGAACGGAAGGUCUCUGGCUCUUGCGCCGUGAAGAACAAAAUGCCUAUAUUGCGGGUGCUCAUAGAUGCCGCGCUUUUAUACUCUGCAGCCCUUUGUGCCUCACAGGUAUGCUUCGCCCUCUCGAACAAUGGGUUUUAUGUCUUGGGAGACCUGAUCGUCCCCAUCAUCUCGAUUGCCUUCUACAUGGCAUUUAUCCGCGUUGCAAUCAGCAAGAAAAUUCAGGAAUGCCUAUCGGCUACUGUUGGUGGAAGGACAAAUGAGUCAGACCCAAGAUCCUUGUCGAGAUUUCCUGUGCAGCCUUCGGUUGGAUACAACAAGGAUGAUAUUCUCCUGACUGACAGAAACAACCUAAAAGUAGAUGCUCCCCUGGUAUAG